ACGAGACGGCCAGCAUGAAACCGCUGUCAAACUAACGUAAGACAACGGUUAAAUGUUGUGUCGUGUAAUGGGUGUAACAGGCGAACAUAGUGUGUCAGGGUUUCCCUCUGCUACAGUGCUGGGAAAGGAAAUCACAAGCUCUCAUCGGGCAAUGAAGUAAGCUGCUUUUUAAAGCGUGGAGAAAGUCAUAACCCAUGUCAGAUGAGCUGCUGCUGCGAUGUCUGAUAUUUAUAAGAUUAAGUUACAAGCACAUCCAGUAUCGUUACCUAAGUCGCCCCAUGUUGUUUACUACAGUGCUGAGGUUUUUGGUGCAUCACUGAAGUCGUCACCGUCAUUGCUGCAUGUUAGGAGAAUAACCAAUCCGCUCAGUCGCGGAGAAGGUGCGUGCUGUUUUUCAGCCCGCCCUGAACAGCUCUCCUCAUUCCUCCCCCGUCUGUCUUUAUGGUCCAGCAUAUGGCAUUUUGCCUGCGCGGAGUAAGUUACACAAGCCAGUCAUGCAAAAUAGAAACACGUGUCUGUAGGCGGUGCUGAAAAUGUCAGGUUUACUGAACAGUAAAGACUGGCUACCACCACAGAGAAGAAAAACCGCUGUGUCGCAGAGAGGACAAUGAUACGAACAUGAUCAACGCCGAUGGCUUCUCAAAAUGCGAGGCGACUCUGCAAGAGAGAAGCAGAAGGAGGCCACCCGCAGAGAUGCUCCAUCUGCUGUCAGCUGUUAUUGUUUGGCUGGUGACGGGAACCACCAUCUCCAGCCUCAACAAAUGGAUAUUUGCUGUUUACAACUUCAGGUACCCUCUGCUGCUGUCAGCAUUGCACAUGCUGACAGCCAUAGUGGUGGACUAUGGGCUGAUCAAACUGCGGGUGAUCCGCCACAGAGGGGCCGAGGAGCAGGACCUGACCCACAGUGCAAAAUGUAAGGUGUUCCUGUUGAGUCUGACAUUUUGUGCCAGUAUCGCUUUUGGGAACAUGGGUCUGAACUAUGUCCAGCUGUCGUUUGCACAAAUGAUCUAUACCACCACCCCGCUCUUUACUUUGGCCAUCUCCACAUUAAUCCUGGGCAAACAACAUCACAUCCUCAAAUACACAGCCAUGAUGCCCAUCUGCCUUGGAGCCUCCUUCGGCAUCAUGGGAGAGGUCCAGUUUGAUCAGACCGGCUGCUUCUUUGUGUUUGCAGCGACCAUGUUGAGGGGUGUCAAGUCCAUUCAGCAGAGCAUCUUACUUCAGGAGGAAAAAAUCAGCUCUGUGUUCCUGCUCUACCUUAUGUCCAUUCCUAGCUUUUGCAUCUUGACCGUGGCAGCUCUGGCCUUAGAAAAUUGGGCUGUGCUGGAGUCACCGUUUCAUUACGACUGCCACCUGUGGGUCUUUAUCCUGCUCAGCUGUCUGGGCUCAGUCAUGUACAACCUGGCCAGCUGCAGCGUCAUCACACUCACCUCUGCCGUCACUCUGCAUAUCCUCGGCAACCUGAGCGUGGUGGGAAACCUGCUGUUGUCUCAGCUGCUUUUCGGCAGCGAGUUGUCCGCCCUCAGCUGUGCCGGCGCGGUGCUGACAUUGUCUGGCAUGCUCAUCUAUCAGAACUCAGAGUUUAUCGUCAGCUUCGUGGACGCACGCAGGGCCAAAGCUGAAAAGUCCAGACAGGAGGAUUCUAACACUACAAGUGGAGAGGACUUGGCCAAAGCUAGUGCUCCCGAAGCAACAUAUCAUCAGCAGACAACGGACGGGAAACAAGAAGACAAGAUAGACUGAACUGAAGGGAUGAAGGAGAGAAUAAAAUGUUAAACCCCGGCUAUAGUUUUCUGCCCUGUGUGUCUGUAAGUGGCCAAGAGCAGCAGAGGGUGUGUGACCUUUAUAAGGCCAUCAUCACUGAUGAUAUGAUCCUUUUUAUUUUAUUUUUUUUACUUCCUCACUGUGCCAGUUUAUUUUUUCGCUGGUAACCCAGAAGUGUCUGCAGAAAGGAAAAGGUUGCCUUUAUUUGUCACAGUGAUGGUUAAAUUCUCUCCUUCAUCUGUAAAUCACUCAGACACAGCCUAUAGCGCUAUAUGCAUGCAUGAGCACACUAAACGGUUUGAUACCUCAUGAGGUAUUCAAACUGUCACUCAUUCUACUCCACUGUGAACAUGUUCUUAUUGACAGAGGGCUCUUAUCAAUGUUUUGGGUGGCUGUCGUGGAUAUUGCAGGCUGCAGAGAGCCUUGUAUGACGUUGAGGCUCAGAUAGCACUGCGCCUCAAAUCUGAAUGGGCACAAUUUGUAUUAAAAAUAUAUAUUAAUGGUACUGUUACCUGAUGUUCACCUGGCCCUGUCAUGGUAGGGUUUUGUAUUUUGGCAGCUUUUGUUGUUGGUGUGUGAAGCAGGAAGCUUGUUAAAUAAGGAUGCUACAACUCUUAUGUAGAGGCAGAAGUUCCAAUGAUGGACAAAGCCAACAUUUUUGUGCAAUGAGACGCCUCUUCCCCUCUACUGAAGCACAUUUUUAAAAUAAGAGGCCUGAGCUCAGUGUUUUGUCCUCCAUUAUGAACCUCACUGUGGCUUCCCACUUAAGGCCUAGAUUCUGUUCUCAGGCGGUCUCUGUAGAAUUAGUCCAAUUAUUUCUAUCAACCGUGCGCUCACUGCAGCUUUCCUCGUUAAUUAGGUUCACAAGUUCUCUAAGGAGUGUCACUCAACUUUAGAUGUCUUUUCCCUGCGGAAGAGAUGAGGAAAAAAGACAACUGAGAUGUCCUUUAAGGUUGCUUCUUAAAUCCUAACCAAUGUCAUCUAUAAGUUUUUUAAUUUGUCCAAUUUCUGUGGGGGAUAUUUAAAAAAAAAAAAA